AUGGAGAAUGCAAGACCUCUGAUCAAUACCUCAGAGACCAUACCUGAAUGCGCUUCAGGUGGGCCUCCUUCCUCUACUGAAACACAGGAGGAGGAGGAGGAAGAGGGAGCAUCGCUGCUGGAGGGUGCCACAGCUCCAAGCGAUAGCUCAGAGACUGCACCUCAGUGCGUGGCUGGUGAUUCUUCCAAGAAGUCAAGGAGGAAGAAAAAGAAGAGGAAUAAAGCAAAGAAGGGUCCUUGCAGCUCUGGGGAGCAGGACUCUCUGCCUCCUCUAAGCACAGCACCAGCUCAAACCACAGAAUUGCCUGAUACAUGUGUUAUUCCACCAGAAAUCCAAACCCCGGGCAGUGGAGUAGCCAAACCAGGUGCUGAUUUACUUGCUGGUGACAGUGGAGGCGCACAUGAAAGCGACAGCGCAUUGGGUCACUUAGGAAAGGAAGCUGGAAGUCUGGAAGCGGUUGCAGAAGGUGGUCACAGCAGCAUAGAUGUGAUGACCCCACCAAAGCAGAGCAGCACGGAUAAUGCGGCAGCCCCAUCUCCAAGCUCUGCAGCCCCAAAGGAGAAGGUGGGGGGUGGAAGUACCACAAAGUGCAGAGAAACAGUCAAGAGUAAUGUGGAAGGGUGCAGUCGUGCCCCUGAUGCCAGCCAGCUUCCAGAAACUAGACCAGAUUCCCAGUCCAUGGGUAACAGUAAGAAACUGGCCUCAACAGGGGGGAAAGCGAGCAUUUCCUCUGGGGCAUCCCCUGGGAUGGAAUCGCCUAAAAGUAAGCCUGCAACUCCUUCUGCUGAACAUCGAAGUCAAGACACAAAGACUCCACCUGUGGUCAAAAGCUGCCAGGCUGGGAAGGAUAAAGACACCAGGCAGAAAGUGAGGUGUUCGACUUCCAAGAAUGAAGACACAAAGGAAAAGAAGACGACCCCAAGUGGGAAAGUAGACAAAGUAACUGAGAAGGCAAGUCAAACUGAGGUUGCUAGCAAGCAUGAUGCUUCAGCUGUAACAGACAGUUGCAAGGACAAAAAGCAACAAAGGAACCAGAAACCUGUGGAUAAGAUUAAAGAAAGUUCUGUGAACCGAAGUGAUGGUGUUACAGUAUAUUUCCACGCAAUAUUAUCCAAAGAUUUCAAACUAAACCCUCAGAUCCAUAAAGUGUUCAUCAGGGCCGGAGGCAUUUCUCCCUACGCAAACUGGAAUGACAACAUUUGUGAGCUGAACUGCAGCAAGCAUCUAGAAGAACAUGGAUACCUCAUUGAAGGCACUGUAACUCUUGCAAAAGAAAAUUUGAAUAAAUACAUUCCUUACAAAUACUGGGUUACCAGUGGUGGAGGGCAGUAUGAAUUUAUUUACAAGCGUUCAGUAGCAAAUACUCAUGUGAAUCGCUGCUUAUUCAUAAGAAGCGACUUGCUCAACAACGGAGAAUGGCAUCAGUAUGAUGAUAUUGUGUGUGCAAAGUCUUCUGUAGUGAAGAACCUUUGGAAUAUACUUUCUCGCGAUAAAAGCAAAGAAGUGGUGGAAGGGAAGAUGAUAGCUGCAAAUAUUAUGUUAGAAAACAUCUUCAGCAUUCUUGGAACCUGGAGUCCCGACAACCUGAGAAACUUCCUCUUCCAGCUGAGACAGUUUCAUGUCGUUACAACAGACCCACGCGUAUAUGACAGCAGGGAAAUGCCAUGGACAGAGUUAAACUUUGGCACACAGCAGGUGAAUGAUUUGCUGCUCAAAUACAUGAGGAAAAUAGCUCUUCCUUUCCUUGCACCAAAAGGUGCAGAAGCAGCGGAGGAGGACAUAGUAAUAAAAAGUAAACUAGCUCUGGGGCUCACCAUUCUCACAGUAGUUGAAAUCCUCAAGCUGCCAGUAUUUAAAAGCGAUCUGGCUGGCCUGUGUAGCCUCCUGUGCUUGGAUAAGAUGUCACAACAAGCCACACUGGAUGAAAUCCAUCAUAUCAAAAAGACUUUUGCAGCAGUUACUAGUUUGGAGGGUCACCUGAAAAACUUGUGCCAGAGAUGCAUUGAUGACCAAGUAGCCCAGUGGGUGUGGAUUCUUCCUCUUCUGCAUUUCUUUGCUGCUCCUUUGCAGCAUGACUGCUUGCAGACAGAAGAAGAUACCUGGGCGGGGCUGGAAGGGCUUCCAUUUGCAGAAACAAGGAAGAAGCAAGAUAGGGGGAGCCUGCUGCAACUAAUGAAAGAAAAGAAAUACUUGAUGGAAUUUGAUAGGAUUCUGGUCAAGUCCUGGAUCUGUGUGCUGCCCCUGGAGAGCCUGGCUGAAUUUAUAAAAGACUUCUCCAGUGGUUUGUUAGCUAGUCUUCAAGGUGUUUGUUACCGAUUAGAGAACAUUGACCUUUCGUGGAACAGUUCUGAGGUAGUAGAGAGUCUUCUAAAGACACUGCUGUGUGCCUUGGAUGAGGAACAGGCCAGAGGUCUGGAAGCUUGCUCUUGGCAGUCCUGCUUAACCUGUUGCCUCAAGCUGCACAAGAGGGUCUGCAAGUACGCGAAGUCGGGGCGGUGGUUCAUGAUUCCUGCCACUUCUGCCAUGAUGAUUUCAAAAGUUGCCAAACUUCAGCCCUCAGCAGUUCCAAGAGAUGCUGUGCAGGAUGUUCCAGUGGUAGAAGUAUUCAGUGAAGCCCUGAGAGAUACUCGAACCUGGUUCAGAAAUGCUUUAAACCAGAAGUUAUUGGAAAAAAUUGUGGAGUGUGUGACGUUCUCUUUUUAUUGGGAACUUCAGGCUUGGGAUGAAUUUGUGAAGAUCAGCUUUCCAGAUGAACAGUUCACUGAGAGGUGGAAGAAGACUUUACUUGCAGAUCUGGCGAGAAGAAUUCAGGAGGAGCCUCCAGUUAACCAAAUCUUAGCCUACUGCUGUCAGCACUACCAGCUUACUGAAGUUGACUCUUCCAUUGACCGGUGUUUCCUUAAUUGUGCCACAGAGGCUGUAACUGCAGCUUGCCAGACUCAGAACAAUCUCCUUGAGAAGAUAUCUUCCUACAACAUGAGCCAAUUCAGCCAGCUUGUAUCAACUAUUAUUGUGAAGUCAUGGCCAAUCAAGAGUGGGCAGUCUGAGGAUGAUUUUGAUGAGUUUUUGCACCACUUGCUUACAUGGCCUGACAUCAAACAUAUCUUCAGCUUUAAUGGAACAAACACAAAGCUCCUAGAAAAACUUACAGAUGAAGCAAAGAAUGUAAUGGCCACAGCAGACUCUGUGUUUAUGAGUGUCACCGAUGACAUCCAGAAUGGGUGUGUCCUUGUGAAACAUCUGGAGGAGAUUUUCCAGCAUGAGAAACAGUUCAUCUCUAUCUGGGAGAUAAAGCACCAGCAGCUGUUAUGGGAAGACAAAGAGCUACUCCAGAGAGAACUGAAAGAAUUGCUGCAGAGGAGGCAAGAAGAAGUAACGCUUCUCAGAAAAGAGAAAACAGCAAUAGGAACCUUUCUGAGCAUGUGUAGGAAGGUGCAGGCAUAUGUGAAAGUGUAUGUAGGUGAAGUGGAAUGUCAACACUUGGAAGAUCUUCGCUCAAAAAGACUAAAUACAGUUGUGAAUGUGGGAAAGAGGCCCCUACAGACCUACUACAGCUUGAGCCCAGAGCUGAAAGAAUUUGCCCAGAAAAUGCACUCUCUUAAGGGUAGCCUGAUCUUCCAGCAGUUCUGGGAGGAAGCAGCACAGAAGGCAGGAGAGGAGUAUGAAAGUUCAGAAGAGGAGGACGACGACAUUGUUCCUGCAUUGGAUCUUGAUUAUGUUUUCAGAAGUCUGAUCUCCCCUUGUUUUGCAAGCUAUGAAAGGUUGUAUGAUGAUCUCAGAUCUGGAAGUCUCACACUUUCUGCAGUUGAUACAAUUUUUCAGGAAUUCACAAGUCAUCCUGAAGGUAUCAAAACUGAACUAAAUACCAUAUGUAAGCUUAGACCUGGAGAAGUCAGAGAUUGGGUUGAUGAGCGAUUUGAGCAGAUCCAGCAAUACCAUGAAAUGCAUUUAACUUUUGAUGCUGCGAAGAUCAUUGCCAGUGUCAAAGAGAGUUUAAACCUCUCUGGUGACUUCAGUAUCCUGGAAAACUUGUUGGACAUAACAGAAAAGCUUGAAUCAUACAAGACACAAAAGCUGGACUCCAUCAGCCCUGAGCUUAUGCAUGCCAAGAGACUGCUGCAGGGAAUCACUGUGAACCGUCGCAGGUGUCUGAGUGAGCUGGCCCAGCAGAAGGAGUUUGUUUGCUGGGUCAGAGAAGCACUGAAAGAUAUAAAUGAGCUGAAGGUAUUUGUAGACUUGGCCUCCAUCUCUGCUGGGGAGAAUGACAUGGAUGUGGACCGUGUGGCGUGUUUCCAUGACACUGUGCAUGGCUACUCUUCCCUGCUCUAUGAGCUUAGGCGAGAGUCAGGGUUUGAAGACUUCAUGUGCUGCUUGAAGAAGCUGUGGCGAGCCCUGGACAGUGAUGAGAAUCUUCCCGAGAAACUGCGUGCUUCAGCUCAACACUUAGAGUGGUUGAAAACAGUGAAGGAGAGCCACGGGUCUGUGGAGCUGUCAUCGCUGUCGCUGGCAGCAGCCAUCAACAGCAGAGGAAUAUAUGUUCUCGGAGCACCAGCUGACGACCAAAAGGUUUCUUUAGACAAUGUCCUGCGCUUCACCCUCCCAGGGAGCUCUGGGGAUCAUGAGGCAUCACGGAAAUACUCUUUGGCAGAGCUCCGUGAACUGCAGAACAAACUGAUGCUCAUGUCUGCAAAGGGAGAGCAAGGCUUGGAGGUGGAGAAGUUCUCUGAGAUCUUUUCCAAUGUCCAAAGACUUGCACAGGCCUUUAUAGACCUUUAUUCAGCUGGGAACAUGCUCUUCCACUCCUGGCUUGCUCAUGUGUAUUGUUCACCCAAAAGAGAAUCGUCUAUUCGUAUAGAUUUCUCUUUGGGACUGAUCCCAGUGCUAGAAGGGCGAGGAGAUACGGCAGCUCUACUCCCAGGCCUCUGCAAGACGAUGGAGAGUUUCCUGGAGGGUUGGAAAAGCUUCAUGUAUGAAAAACGAUUCCAGCAUUUCUACCUGAACUAUUACACUGCUGAGCAGCUGGUCUAUUUGUGCACAGAACUGGGGCAGGGGAUGCCCAGCCAGGGUGCCCUGAUGAUGCUUUCGUUCCUAAAGCAUAACUGCACGAAGCAGGAUGUCCUUAGAGCCUCCAGGAGUGAGGUGCCUCUCGGCUCCAGAAAGGCUGUUUCUGACUUCCAAGUGAUGCUGGCUGGGGAAAAGGACCUGACUGCACAGCUGGAGUGCAUCUGGGAGUGCUACAUGAGCAACAUGGGCUCCUUCCUUCCAAACUGCCUGGAUAUUGAUACACUUGGUGGGUGGCUGAAGAAUCUGGCCAGCUGGGAGAGAAAACAUGUCACACGAGACUUUCCACAGGAUCUUCUGUAUGUUGGUCAGCCUAACCUCAUCACGUGCCCUCGCGCUGAGGUGCUUACUUCUGCUCUGGCUAUUUACAUGAACAGCCCCAACCAGCCCCUUCCCACUUUUGAUGAAGUUCUCCUGUGCACUCCUCGGACCACUGCUGAGCAAGUGGAGCUCUUCCUCAGGAGGUGCCUCAUUCCCUGCAGUGGAGGAGAGAAAAUUUACACCAUGCUGUACGCAGAUGAGCUGAGUUAUGAUGUCAGCUGCAGAACAGAGGAGCUAUUCCAGCACCUCCAGCACUACAACAGCAUCUAUCGCCUCGUCAUUCUGUGCAACUGCGAGAGGGAGCACAGCUACAUCCCUUCUGUCUUCAGCCAGUACAAAGUGCACAUGAUACCCCAGAGGCCGCAAGCUGAAAUCCAGCAAUACCUUCAGCACCACUACAGAGUCACUCAGCCUUCAAGCUCAGCUGCUUCUGUGUUCAAGGACAAUAUGUGUGUUGGGAUUGUGUCCUCCAAAAGAGCUGGCGUGGGGAAGUCUCUGUAUGUGAAGAGGCUACAUGAGAGACUGCAAGCAGAGCACCCUGACUACACAAAACUCCUGAAAACCAUCAGACUCAUUGAACCAGAAUUAGAUGAAGAUAAAGUGCUAAAAUCUCUUCUGCCUUUUCAGAAGGGAAAACACCAGACAAAGCCGAUGAUAUUCCAUUUUGAUAUAACCUCUUCAGUACAAAGCGGAAUUCCAGAGUUUCUGUUCAAGCUGUUGGUUUUGCAGUAUCUGACAGAUAAUAAUGGGAAUAUGUGGCUACGACAGAAGUGCCAUUUGUAUAUCAUUGAAAUCCUUGAGGUAUCACCAGUGCCAAAGAAAGCAGCACGACAUAUGUCAGCAAGCCAGAAGUAUAGUUUCUUUGAUGUGUUCCCUAAAAUAACAUGCAAGUCUCCCAAGGAAGUACUAGAAAUGGAGACACUUGGGAACCAGUCUGGGGAUGUUUCAGACCCAGGAAUGGAUGAGGAGGAAUUUUGCAGUGAGGCUUUCCAGAGACCUUUCCAGUAUCUGAAAAGAUUUGACCAGGGGUGCAAUCUGGACACAUUCUGUUACAAAGAGCACUCUGUGGAAGGGAACCCCGCAGAAUGUCUGCAGCAGUUCCUCCUGCACUGUGGGAUCACAGAUCCCUCCUGGUCAGAACUCCGAAACUUCACAUGGUUUCUCAAUGUUCAGUUAAGAGACUGUGAAGAUUCUGACUUUUGCAACCCUGACUUUGUCCAGGACACUUUGCAAGGUUUCAAAAACUUUGUCGUUACCUUCAUGAUUUUAAUGGCAAGGGAUUUUGCAACACCGUCCCUAAACAUUUCUGAUCAAAGUUCAGGAAGGCAGUCCUCCAACCUGGAGAACAUUGCAGAAGAUGAUCUUCUUCCUUUCCGCAUUCGGAAAAAGUGGGAGUCUGAGCCUCAUCCAUAUUUGUUUUUCAAUGCAGAUCGUGUGUCCAUGACAUUCAUUGGUUUCCACUUUCAGCCUAAUGGCAGUGGUGGUGUUGAUGCAAUUAAUCCUUUGAAUGGCAACAUUAUCAAGAAAAAUGUCAUGACUUCACGGUUGUACGAGGGCUUGUUAUUCCAAAGAGUUCCCUUCAAUAUUCCAUUUGAUCAGUUGCCUCGUCAUGAGAAGCUAGAGAAACUUUGCAUGGUUUUGGGAAUCCCCUGGGUAAUAGACCCUGAUGAGACAUAUGAACUCACAACAGACAAUGUGCUAAAAAUGUUGGCUAUUGAGAUGCGAUUCAGAUGCAGCAUCCCGGUUGUCAUCAUGGGAGAAACAGGCUGUGGGAAAACCAGACUUAUAAAGUUUCUGUGCAAGUUACGCAGAAGCUAUGUAGAGGUAGAGAACAUGAAGCUUGUAAAAGUUCAUGGAGGUACUACUGCAGAGAUGAUUUAUGCCAGGAUCAAAGAAGCAGAAGCCCUUGCUAAAACCAAUAAGGAGCAGCAUGGGUUGGACACAGUCCUCUUUUUCGACGAAGCCAACACAACAGAGGCUGUAAGCAGCAUCAAGGAAGUUCUGUGUGACCGGACAGUACAGGGGAAGCCUUUGGUCUCUUGCUCUGGCUUGCAGAUCAUAGCAGCCUGCAACCCUUAUCGUAAGCACACACCAAAGAUGAUUCAGCGCCUGGAAUUAGCUGGAUUGGGCUACCGUGUCAAAGCAGAUGAGACAAAGGAUAAGCUUGGCUCUAUUCCACUGAGACAGCUUGUGUACCGGGUCCAUGCACUCCCACCCAGCAUGAUCCCAUUAGUGUGGGAUUUUGGGCAGCUGAACAACUUAACUGAAAAAAUGUAUAUACAACAGAUUGUACAGAGAGUUACUGAACACGUCCCCAUGAGGCAGUCUGAAGCAGAGGUAGUUACAGAAGUGCUUUUUGCUUCCCAGCAAUAUAUGAGGCAGAGGGACGAUGAAUGCAGCUUUGUCAGCCUGCGGGAUGUGGAACGCUGCAUGGAAGUUUUCAAGUGGUUUUACAAGCACAGUAAACUACUGCUGAGGGAACUGGAGAAGUACCUUGCUGAGAAGAGAGCUCCAAAGAGCACCGUUGAGAGAAACAAUGUUAUCUGGUCCUUAGUGCUGGCAAUCGGGGUCUGCUAUCAUGCAUCCUUGGAAAAGAAGGAGGCAUAUAGGAGUGCUAUCAGCCAGGUCCUUCCAAAACCUUAUGAUACCCAGAAAAAGAUUUUGGAAGAAAUCUCCCUGAUGCAGGACUUAUUCCUGAGUGGUGUGCACCUCCGAGAUACCAUAGCAAGAAACUUGGCCUUGAAGGAAAAUGUCUUUAUGAUGGUCAUCUGCAUCGAGUUGAAAAUCCCUCUUUUUCUUGUUGGAAAGCCCGGGAGCUCCAAAUCCCUUGCAAAAACCAUUGUGGCUGAUGCUAUGCAGGGCCAAGCAGCUCAUUCAGAUUUGUUCAAGGACCUGAAGCAGAUCCAUCUGGUGUCUUUUCAGUGCAGCCCUCUCUCCACUCCUGAGGGAAUCAUAGGCACUUUCAAGCACUGUGCUCGAUUCCAGGAAGGGAAGAACUUGGAUGAGUAUGUCUCAGUGGUGGUUUUGGAUGAGAUUGGGCUGGCAGAAGACUCUCCCAAAAUGCCCUUGAAGACUUUGCAUCCACUUUUGGAAGAUGGCUGCAUAGAUGAUGUCCCUCUUCCUCACAAAAAGGUUGGCUUCAUCGGGAUUUCCAACUGGGCUUUGGAUCCUGCUAAAAUGAAUCGAGGAAUCUUUGUCUCCCGUGGUGACCCCAGCAAAGAAGAGCUCAUAGAAAGUGCGAAGGGGAUUUGUUGCUCAGCACGAGGGGCUUUGCAGAAGGUUGAACAGUAUUUUUGUCACUUUGCAGAUGCAUAUGAAAAUAUUUGCAAGGCCCAAGCCAGGGAGUUCUUUGGUCUGCGUGACUACUACAGCCUUAUAAAGAUGUUUUUUGCCUUAGCUAAGAGCUCCAAAAGUGAGCCAACACCUCAAGACAUAGCUGAAGUUGUUCUUCGUAACUUUGGUGGCAAAGAUGAUGUCAAUGCCUUGGAAAUAUUCACCUCACAACUACCAGAAAAAGGAGAAAUACAUGCUCACGAUAUCAGUAGAAUUGAGCUGGUACGACAAAAUAUUUACAGCAGUGGUCAGGAUGGUGAUUGCAGGUACCUGCUUGUGUUGACUGAGAAUUAUGCAGCACUGCAGAUCCUCCAGCAAGCUUUUUUUACUGCCCGGCAGCAGCCAGAAAUUAUCUUUGGCUCCAGUUUCCCUAAGGACCAAGAGUAUACCCAGAUAUGCAGGAACAUCAACCGUGUGAAGGUCUGCAUGGAAACUGGCCAAAUGGUCGUGCUCCUCAACUUGCAAAAUCUUUAUGAAAGCCUCUAUGAUGCCCUCAAUCAAUACUACGUGUACCUUGCUGGCCAGAAGUAUGUUGACUUGGGACUGGGCACCCACCGGGUGAAGUGCAGGGUGCACCCGAAGUUCCGUUUGAUAGUCAUCGAGGAGAAAGAUGUGGUAUAUAAGCACUUUCCCAUCCCACUGAUCAACAGGCUGGAAAAGCACUACCUGGAUAUCAGUACUGUCCUGGACAAGGGGCAAAGAGAAACUGUGCAAGAGCUGAAGAAGUGGGUUCAUGAGUUCACUGCAGCCAAUACAGAAGAGCACUUCAUAAGCAAGCAGAAAUACAGCCCUUCUGAUGUGUUUGUGGGCUACCACUCCAAUACCUGUGCCUCAGUGGUCCUGCAGACAACAGAAAGGCUGAAACCAGUGUGUCCUCCUAGUGAGCUCAUGUUCCGCGUGAAGAAAGAAGCCCAGCUGGCAUUGCUGAACUGCGCCACCCCGGACUCUGUGAUCCGCCUCUGCAACUCAGUGGGUUUGUUUAUGGUGGAUUCUCUGGCCAAUAUAUACUUCAAGCAGCAGCAACACACGUCAUUUGCAGACUUCCUCCGAGCUCACGUCCACGCUGGGUCUGGGUACCAAACGGUCUUUACAGAGGUCACCACCUUCUCGAGGCUUCUCACCAGUGCUGAUGCUGCUUGCCUGGAGAGGGAAGUGCAGGGUAAAGCGCAAAGGCCUCAAAUCCUGCUCCUGCAGCAGUUUGACACAGAGUACUCAUUCCUGAAGGGCAUCCGAGAUUUCCUUCAUGCCACAUCAGGAAAUAAAGUCCUUAUUAUUCAGACGGACUUUGAAGAUGGCUCUCAAAAUGCCCAGCUCAUCGCCUCAGCCAAAUACACUGUUGUUAAUGAAAUCAACAAGGUGGACCUGGGAGAAGUCUCUGUCUUCGUUUACUUUAUUGUGAAGCUUUCCCGGGUGGAAGGAGGAACGUCCUACGUGGGAUUCCAUGGAGGACUGUGGCAGUCAGUGCAUAUAGACGAUCUCCGCAGAUCCAAAGACAUGAUCUCCGAUAUGACUGCCCUGCAGAACCUCACCAUCAGCCAGAUGUUCUGUGAGGAUUCAGGUCAAACCAAAGUUGCAGCUCUGUCUGUGAAUGGAGAAGAACAGGAGGAAAACGAGGUGGAGGUUGAAACACCAGUGCCAGAAGCAGAGCGCUAUGAGGGUGAAAUCCUGGACACCACAGUACUGCUGAGGACCUGUGUACAAAGUGCUGUGGGGAUGCUACGGGACCAAAAUGAAGAUCUUAGUCGAAGCAGAAAGCGAAUUAAGAUUCUCCUUGGCCUUCUGUCCAAAGAGGAUGACAUGAAAGCCUCUUUCCUGAAGAUAACAAAGGCUCGUCUCUCCAACCUUUUGAAGAAGCAAGAAGAAAAUUCUCUUAAUCCAAAAAACUGGGUGCUUCGGGAGGCUUCCAACCUCAGUGCUCUCCAGGAGGCAGGCACCUUCAGGCACACCUUGUGGAAGCGAGUCCAGAACGUGAUCACUCCAUUCCUGGCUCUCCUGAUUGCUGUCAUAGACAGAAAUGGCAAUCUGGAGCUGUUGGUCAGGCCGGCAGCUGAGUGGGUGACAAACCUGUGGAUGUUCAUCUUCAGUGAUACAAAACUCCUGACAGUCCCUUACGGUGUGGGUAAGAACAGCUCUCAGCCAGAGAUAAUUCUGGUGCAGAACAACAUGACGGUGUCUGCUGAUGCUGGGAAUGAGAUGCCGUUCAGCUGGAGAAUAAAGGAGUACUUGGAUGAGAUGUGGUUGGAAGCUCAAUACAUCCAAAACACUGAAGACCAAGCUGAGAAGUUUGUGGAUAUCUUCCAGAAAACUGCACUGGGAAAAUUUAUCUCUGCUCUGACUGAGAAAGAAAGGCAGAUGCUUUUCCAGUGCUAUAUCACAGACUUUAUUGUCUUGACCAUUGGUGUGUCCUCCCUAGAGGAGCUGCAGUGUCUGCGAAUUGCAUUCUUAUCCUGCAUAGAGGAAUGGAAGGCAACACCUCCCAGAAGAGAGGAGACGGUGCCAUCCUUGCCUUGGGUCCACCUUGGAUACAACCAGUUCAAGAGCCGCCUGCAGAACUUUUCUAGGAUCCUGGCUGUACACCCCGGUGUGGUUGACUACCUUAUUAACCAGGAAGGAUAUGGAAUACCACACUCAGAGAUGGUUUUAGAUGUGUUAGCUGCAAUGGUAUGUGCUGAAGAGCUGGAGAAUCAAGUGCAGACAGCCCAUCCAGAGAUCUGGCUGCAGAAAGUGAAGAAUCUUCAUAUGCCUAUUGAAUUUCUUUGUAAAGAGAAGGAUUUACAGAGGAGUGGGAGUCGGUGCCAUCAGUUGCUAAAGGAACUUGAAGUCUGCUGGAACCGGGUUUUUGCCAUGUCUCUGUUUGUAGAACACGUGUUGUUUGGCAUCAACACUCUGAUGCCAGAAUUUGAGAAGUUAGUGAAAAAAUAUACUUUGCUUCUUGCCAAGUGUUUUCAGCAAGAUUCAGACAUGAAGACUCAUCCAACUUUUGUUGCAGUGAUGAAAGUACUGUGCCAAUGUAAGGAUGAAGUCAGCAGCAGGCUCUACAGAUAUGGUCUGAAGUCAUGUCCGAUCUGCCUAGGAGAGCCGAAGGAUCCAGUCUGCCUGCCUUGCUCCCAUGUGUUCUGUGAGAAGUGCAUCAGAAUGUGGCUAGUACCAGCACAGAUGCAUUGUCCAUACUGCAGAGUUGCCAUGGAGGACGUUCAUUUAAAUGUCUCCGUGGAGCUCAGAGAUGCCAUAGCAAGAAAUGCCCUGUUCCGGCAGAGAUGCAAUAAUUUCUUCAUAGAUGUGGUCACCACCAUGUGCUUCAAGGACAAUGAACCCCCUGAGGCAGAGGUGAUCCAAGAGCUCCUUAAUCUGCUGUUUGUUCAUAGAAGCCUCCUGAAAGGUUCAGAUCACCCUGCUAUCUAUACAAAAUUUCUGUCCCCAUUUAAUGAUGAAGUGGAUGAAACUCCCAUUAUCCGCUCAGUAAUGCUGAAGCUCCUCUUGAAGUACAGCUUCAAUGAAGUGAAAAAUGAUGUGCAACACUACCUGUCCCGGGUAGAGCACAACGAGAUCCUAGAGAAAAAUGAUAAAAAAGAACUCUACUUGCUUUUUGUCAACUGCUUGGAGGAUUCUAUGUGUGAAAAGUCUGAGGGCAGCCUUGGAUAUGAGCAUAUAAACUAUCUGCCUGGAGACAGAGGCUUUCCAGAGAACUAUCUCCCACAGAAUGAUCGAGAAACUCCUCAGGAAUCAUCCGUUGAAUAUCUGCAGGCAGUAGCCAAGGUUCGCUUGUACCUGAGUAAGGCUGCAGAGCUGCUUUUUGACUUGCAUGAGCACACAGAGCAAGACCAGAUAGAGGAGAAGCAGCGUUACCUGGCGAACGUGAGGGUGUUCUGUAGCCUUGCCAAGAAUGACUGGCAUCGUGUUUACCUAGUCCGGAAAAUUGCUAGUCAGUAUGGGAUGGCAUUUGCUCAGAAGCUUGUCACAGAGGCACGGUUUAACUGGGUGUUCCCAGUGGAAAUUCUGCAACAGGUACAGAACAGCCAGUCUAAUCACAUCGAUCGUUACCUGGCAUGUGGCGAGAAUUACAGAGUCCUGCGUGAUGCUGUGGGGAAAGCCGUGAUUGAGUGUAAGACUGAGGGUCUUCUGGAGGCAGAGAAGGCAUCUAGCAGCUCCCCGACUGUAAAAUCUGUCCAUCUGCUCCUGGCUAUUUUCAGAGAGGUCACUGCCCUGUAUGGAGUUAGUGACUCAAGUCUUCAUCCCAAACAGCAGCAAACAGGUGCUAUGACUACAUUCAUCCAGAACUCCCAAGUCCUGAAUUCUGCAGACCUGCAGCACUUUGCAGCUUCUCUUGUGAUGAAUGCACUGCCAUCUCUGACAGUGGAUCCUGAAAGCUUCGGCCGCAAUGGACCGCUAAUUGAAAUGGCUGUUCAUACCGCAGCUGUUUUGCUGUGCGGGCAGAACCCCGUCCUGCAGCCCCUGAAGAAUCUGGCAUUCCAUCCACACACCAUGGGGCACUCUUUUCUGCCUACAAUGCCAGAAGAUAUAAUGGCUCAGGCUCGGGCUUGGGAAGGAAUGGCCACUCUGCGCUGGUACACAUGUCCAAAUGGCCACCCCUGCACUGUAGGAGAGUGUGGUCGCCCCAUGGAAACUAGCUGCUGUCCCGACUGUGGUGCCCGAAUUGGAGGGGAACACCAUAAACCACUGCCUGGCUUUCAAGUAUUCCGGAGUAAUGAAGACAGGACUCAAACUGGCCACGUACUUGGAGAUGCACAACACAGAAAAACAACAGGAGUGUCUGAUCGGGCCAUGUCCCCAGUUGUCUUCGUUCUGAUACGCUUGCUUACACAUUUGACAAUGUUGCUGGGAGCCACAAAAGAUCCUCAGUCAUUGCGAAAGAUUAUCAAGCCACCGGUGCGCAACUCAGUGAAUUUCCUGCAGCAGCAUAUUCAGGAGGACUUGGCACAGCUGACAAAAAUUUUGGGGAAGAGUGUGGAUGAGACUAUCAACAUCCUUCAUCUUGUCCUCGGCAGCCUCCUCAAGGACCCUCAUCAGCACCCAGGCCAGUGGCCAGUUCAGUUUGAUGAUGUGCUCUCUACUAAACAGAAGAGAAACAAAUGGGAAGAAAUUGUUGCAAACACAAUUAUCGUUCCUGAAUUGGAGGAUUUGGAUAAAAAACUUCUGAAGUUAAAUAGACAAAUACAAGAAGAUGAGAGAAUUUCUUCCAAUCCAAUAGUGAAAAUGGUGUAUGGUGACCCAGUCACUUUCCUGUCCCAGCUGCCAAAGGACAGUCACAUACAUCAUUCCAAGAUGUGGAGCUGCCGAAAGAGGAUUUCAGUGGAGAACCUGGGCCACGUAGUCCAGCAAAAGAAUGCCAAGGACACUGUCCCUCUCCUUUGGAAGUUUCUACAGAAGGAAACAGAACUGAGGCUGGUUAAAUUCUUACCAGAGAUUCUGGCUCUGCAGAGAGACUUGGUGAGGCGAUUUCAGAACACCGCUGAUGUCAAGCACUGCUCGAUCAGAGACUUCCUCAGCGAACCCCUCUCAGAUGUGAUGAGGGACCUGUUACAGAGGAGAGUGAAUGUGUUUCUGUCUGUCUGGAACAAGUUAAGAAGCUCGCUGGACACCAAUGGGGAAAUUAAGCUUCCUAAAGGCUACUGUGAUGCUGACCUGACCCUGGACAGCAACCUUGAGGUCAUUCUGCCACGUCGACAGGGGCUGGGCCUCUGCUCCACAGCCUUAGUCAGUUAUCUCAUUAGUCUGCACAAUGACUUUAUCCACUCAGUGAACAAACACAUCAAGGAAGAUGAUAGGUACUUGAUCAGUCCGUCAGAAGUGGCUGACCUGCACUUGAUCAGUUAUGAGGUUGAGAGAGACCUGAUUCCUCUGAUCUUAUCCAACUGCCAAUACAGCAUGGAGAAGGGAGGGGAAACAUUGCAGGACUUUGAUCUGAAGAGGAUCCAGCAGCAAGUCAUCAGCAAGUUCCUGCAGGGGAAACCUCUCAUCACCCUAACGGGAAUACCUACCCUCGUGUACAGACAUGACCGGAAUUAUGAACAGCUCUUCAAUGAUGUCAGGAACAAGGUGGAUCAGAGUGCUCUCCCCAGUUCUGUGAUGAACAUGAUCAGUGGGGAACUACAGUCUUAUAGUGAUGUCUGUGAUGCUCUGUCUGUCACUGAAAUUACCUUGGGAUUCCUGGCCAUGGCUGGAGAGAAUGCUGAAAUGCUUCUGACUGACUACAUAGAAAAAGUUCUGCAGAUGGGUGAUCAGACAAACCCCCAUGUACUGCAGGCCCUUAAACGAUGCCACCUAAAGCACAACAUAGCCCUAUGGCAACUUCUCUCUACCCAAAAAUCUGAGCAGCUUCUGCGCCUCAAAAGGGAUCCUUUUGUAGACAUCAGUACAGUCUACAAAGCUGAGCUCCGUCCAGAGAUUGCCAAGCUCCUCAGCACCUUCCUUGUCCACUCAAGGCUGGAAACCUUCCUGCAGGAGCUCCAUGAAAUGAUCAUCCUGAAGCUGAGACGUGUCCAAGCUGUGGAUGAAUUCAGACCCACCUGGAGCCUGAAGGAAUCGCUCAUUCCUUACCUGGAUGCGAAAGACUCUGAGUUAGCUACAGAGCUGCAAGAGCUGUUCCCAGAUAAGAUUCUUCUCUCUCACGCUAUUGCUACAUGGAAAGCAGCCGCUCUCUUCAAAAGAGAGCGCAGGGAAAGCUAGGACUAGCACUCUCAUCUUCCUCACAGACAGGGAAUUCUACUGCCACAACCAUGUGGUGUUGGUGAGGGUGCUGGUUGUUGGUUUUUUGGGUUCGUUGAUUGCUUUUUGGAUAUGGGGUUGGGUUUUUUUACUAAUUAUGACACAAAGAUGAGAUGCUUUCAUGCCUCGGAAGGAGGGUGGAGAAGCAGGAGGCUGCAUAGUGAUGCCUUGAGGCGUCUCUGCUGCUUAGAAAAAAACCCCACCACAACCCUGAAGCCACCUGAUAAAGAUGAAGGAUUGUUUUUAAAAACC